AACCUUUCUAUCUUUACAGUCGACACCCCAUAUGUAUUUAGUAGCAAAAGUGAAGCGCUGGAUGUGCUGAAACUGCACAAAGAGGCGCGUCUACGUGAAUUUAGUAUUGAAAGUGAUGCCCUUAAAUUUGCACAAACUGGCUACGAAGUGGUAGCGCCACCGCGCCAUGGCGACGCCAAAUCUUCUAUUGUGGUAGAAAAAGCUGCAUUUCGUGGCCCCACCAAACAGGAAUUGAUUGAAUUUCGAAAAGUAAUCGAAUCAGGCGAUUGUGAACGCGUUAAAAAUAUGAUUUGGGAUAAUCCACGAUAUUUGGUGAGCGCUGGCGACACACCCACCACACUUAAAGAGGGAUAUCGCUAUAAUGCCAUGCACAUAUGUGCUAUUUCUAAGAAGCCGCGCAUAGCUGAACUAAUUUUGAAGACAGUAAGCGAUACAAAAUUUGUUGAUUUGCUUACGGGAAAGAAAAACGACGAGAAAAUGUGCAAGGAAUUGUGUGUGAAUUUAUUGGACUAUUAUCUAAAUAUACCAGAGAAGGGACGUAGCGAAACACCAUUACAUUUUGCUACAAAGAAUGGCGCUGCUGAGAUGGUAGAGGUUUUGACAUCAUUCCCGGAAUGUAAAAUGACGCGUAACUCAGAGGGACUAUAUCCGAAAGAUAUAAUUUGCUCCCGAGUUUCAAAUCCUCCACCCGAAUUGGCAAAAAAGAUUGAAGCUCUAUUAGAAGAGCGUUUUUACGUGCCUGUUUUGCGUUCUACGGAUAAUGUUAUACCGCCAAAAGUUGGACAACCAUUUUCUUCCAGCAAUCCCCCGGUAAGGAGAUUAAAUAUUGGUGUUGGUUGAUUUUUCCGACAGGGUGGUAAGAUAAUUU